AUAACUUAUUAGAGUUGGAGACUGAUAAUAUUGAAUAUAAUGAGGACUGUAAUACUCAAAUUAAUAUGACACUUAAUAUGGAACCAGGAGUUACUAAUUCUUAUGUAGAAAAGUAUUGUGAUAUGGUUGAAUUAAAUAAUUUACCUACUGUUCAAAAAAUGGAAAAAGAUGAUAGUGGUUUAACAGAACUUGUAGUAAAAGCAAAACGGAAACUUAAGUACGAAGAAGGGGAUGAGCAUGAAUGGUUAAAAAAUAAAAACAAAAUACUUAGAAUGCAAGGUCAAGCCUAUAAAGGUCUAAGGAAAAAUGAAAUGGGGAAAUUUUCAUUUACAGAAAGUAGAUCUUCAAGACAGUUAGGAAAAAUAUGUGAACUGUAUUAACUCA